AUCGUCUGGUCGUCGUCUUAAAACAAGCGAAGCCGUUCAACAGUUCAGUGGCGGCUUCCUUAGCCCCGUGCCCAUGAGAAUUGGAAAUACAAUUUGGUUCACCGCUGCCAAAGAUAUGAAGGCGAUUGGCGCCACUGGUUUCCCUUCACUCUUGGCCAACCUGAGGUCUUCUAGUUGCCGGACCUGCUCUAGCAUUCCUCUUUCUUAUGUCCGAACUCUACCCUUUGUUGCCCACGACGAUAUAAGGAGGAGGAGGCAUCCAUAUACCGACUCUAUUCGGAGAAGUGGAAGUUGGGAAUUGCCUCGUCCAAAUAGAAAUCUCUAUUGCAAAUACAGUUCUAUUUCAGCUGUUGCAACUUCCUCUGCUCCACAAAGCUGUUGCCUUGAAUACCAUCGGUUGCUUCCAUGUCCUGCUCAAAAUGGUCCACCAAGGAUUGAACAUUUUGUUGUUUCAGAAGAUGGGCCAGUCCUUGAAUAUAUUACAAGAGAAUUGAAUCUUCCUCCAUUGUAUGUUGAAGAUCUCAUACAAUUUGGUGCUGUGUUUUAUGCUCUUGUAUGCCCGAAACCUCCUCCAACUGCAACACCUAAAGAAGUAAUGGCUUACAAAGAAGCUACUGACCCUUCAGUUCUGAAAAAUAGAACCUCCAUUAAAGGUAAAACUGUAAGGGAAGCACAGAAGACAUUCCGGAUAACCCAUGCUGAUCAGAUUGUUGAAGCUGGAACUUACCUAAGGGUGCAUGUACAUCCCAAAAGGUUUCCAAGGUGCUAUGAAAUUGAUUGGCUGUCAAGAAUUAUUUCUGUAUCUGACGAAUUUGUGGUUCUUGACAAACCUUCUGGCACCUCAGUAGGAGGUACAACAGACAACAUUGAGGAAAGUUGUGCAACAUUUGCUGCCAGAGCUCUAGGAUAUAGUGAAUCAUUGAAAACUACCCACCAGAUUGAUAAUUGCACAGAAGGCUGUGUUGUACUGGCUAGAAGUAAGGAAUAUUGUUCAACAUUUCAUGGGAAAAUCAGAGAGAAAAAAGUAAAGAAAUUAUAUCUUGCUCUUGCUGCUGCUCCUGUGCCAAUAGGAAUACACACUCACUAUAUGAGGCCAAUCAACAUGGCUCCGAGACUAGUUUCUGAAGAUUUAAUAGAAAGAUGGAGUCUAUGUCAACUUGAAGUGUUGGAAUGCAAUAAGAUACCAUGGCCACACCGCUUAAUUGAGGAAAAAUACAGCAUAGAGGAUUCUGGCUGGCCCUUAAAAGACUUUGCAUACGAAUGUAAAAUUGACCUUUUAACAGGUCGGACACAUCAGAUUAGAGCACAAUUAUCUGCUAUUGGUGCACCAGUAGUAGGGGACUCAAUGUACAUGUCAGCUGCAGUUGCAGAAAUGGCUAAUCCUGGACUUAAUCCAUUUGGGUUGUCCAAGAGAGAUUAUGAAAGUGAUAAUGAUAAAGAAAUAGCUAUUCAAGAGUGGAUUGAACAUCAUGGAAAGGAACCCAGCAUUGCUAUUGGCCUUCAAGCAUGUCAGAUAUCAUGGAAUGAUGAUGAUGAAGAUGACGACAAUGGAGGUGUGGAUACUUAUUUGUUUAAGGCUGGAUUACCCUGGUGGAGAGAUACCAUCCAGUAAUGGCUUAUGACCUAACCGCCUCUUCUUGCGGUUUUGUUGUUGUACUGGUAAAGAAGUUUUGGUUAUUUUGUUAAAGGUUGGGAUAUUAUUAGAAACUGUGUCAUACAUGUGAGCUUUUUUGGUAGCAUAAAAGAUUCUUUAAGAGUCUCAGGUCCCAGAAGUUGGCCACAAUCUUUUUUUCAUUUCUUGAUUUUUUUUGGUUUUACAAUGAGAAUGGAAUCAUAAAGUCUUUGAUCUAUUGGAUAAGACCCUUAAUUACAACUUUGUUGGUAUUGGUUUUAUAA